AUGCUACGACCAGGACUUCUCACCAAGAGACUCAGCACAUCCACAACUUCACUCGCUGCCAGAAGGACCUCCCAGGCCGCGCUAUCCAACUUCCCACGCGCCUCGUUGCUCUUGUCCUCUAUUCAAAACCCUCGCUUCCUCUCCUCGGCUGCCAACUCUUUCGCAAACAUCAAGAGCCAGCUGAAUGACCCCACCUUGAUCACAACUGCCGGUUUUAUCGACAAUGAAUUCAUCACUACCUCGAACUCUGGGAAGCAUUUUCCCGUCUAUGAUCCAGCAAAUGGAACUGAGAUUGCUCGUUUCCCUGACAUGGGCAUCGAAGAGACUGAUAGGGCUAUCCAAGCUGCCAAGCAAGCAUUCUCAUCGUGGAGCAAGACCACCGCCAAAGAACGAAGCACUAUCUUGCGCAACUGGUACAACUUGAUUAUUGAGAACGAGCAAGACUUGGCCAAGAUCAUUACCUGGGAGAACGGCAAACCAUUGGCCGAUGCGCUGGGCGAAGUCCGCUAUGGUGCAAGCUUCUUCGAAUGGUUCGCUGAGGAAGCCAAACGUCUUUAUGGAGAGGUGAUCCCCAGCCCUAACCGGCAGCAGAGGAUGCUUGCUAUCCGCCAGCCUAUCGGAGUUGUCGGCAUCAUCACACCAUGGAAUUUCCCCAACGCCAUGAUCACUCGCAAGUUGGGAGCAGCUUUGGCUGUUGGAUGCACCGUGGUGGCCAAGCCUGCUUCAGAGACACCCCUCUCAGCUGUCGCGCUCUAUGAACUCGGAAGGCGAGCUGGAGUUCCAAAGGGUGUCAUCGGACUUGUAACAACACACCAUAACACCAAAGCCAUUGGAAAGCACAUUUGCGAAAGUCAAGAUGUUUCAGGAAUCUCGUUCACAGGAUCUACAGCUGUCGGAAAGCUAUUGUUGAAACAGAGUGCUGAUACAGUCAAGAAGGUUUCGCUCGAGCUGGGAGGCAAUGCCGCGUUCAUUGUCUUUGAAGAUGCUGACAUCGACAAGGCUGUUGAUGCUGCUGUGCUGGCCAAGUUCCGUUCGAGCGGUCAGACCUGUAUUUGUGUUAACCGAUUCUAUGUGCACUCGUCGAUCAAGGAUGUCUUUGGCGAGCGCUUGCGGGAGAAGGUCGAGAAGUUUCGUGUUGGAUCAGGAAUGGAGGCCAAUACGACUCAUGGACCAUUGAUUAAUAAGGCAUCUGUGGAGAAGGUUCGCUCACAUGUCCACGACGCUCUCAACCAUGGAGCCAAGCUGUUGACAGGAGGCAAGGAGAGCGAAAACACACAUGGAUACUUUUAUCCGCCAACAGUCCUGACCGACAUGAACAACAACAUGCGGAUCGCUACCGAGGAGACGUUCGGCCCUGUUGCGGGUAUCUUCAGCUUUGAAACUGAGGACGAGGUUCUGGAACUUGCCAACAACACGCGAUUUGGACUUUCAGGGUACUUUUUCAGCAAGGACGUGUCGAGGUGUUGGAGAGUUGCUGAGAACUUGCAGGUGGGCAUGGUCGGUGUGAACACUGGAGCCAUCUCUUCAGAAGUGGCGCCUUUUGGUGGCGUCAAGGAGUCAGGAAUCGGCCGUGAGGGAGCCCGUCAGGGUUUGGAUGAGUACACCCAGUACAAGUACAUCAACAUGGCCAUUUGA